GUUCAGUGAAAAAUUUCAGACAAGAAAGGCACUUGAAGGAAUACGGAAUACAGAAAGAAAUUCAGUUUUAGUGUUUUUCAAUGUGUAGUAUUUAUUUUAUACUGUAAAUAAGUGAGCAGGGAGUCGUGCAGUGAAAAUAGAAGACGCAAUUGGUGUGUUUCUGUGUUGGGAAAUGGGUGUAAAAUUGAAUGGCAAAUAGAUGAAUUUUGUGAUACUUUUUUGCUACUGCGAUGAAACUACGCAACGAAUGAAUGCUUCAGAUUUUUGCCAUUUAGCUGACUGAUGGCGAUUGCGGAGAGCUCACACGAUCUGUGAAAAGUUGGCGGAAUAGUUGAUGAGAAAUCUAUAACAGUGGAGGAAAGAAAAGGCAGAAAGGUGAUUUCUAAAUAUCCAUAUUGGAUCAGUGCGUCUCACAACGAGGAUUCAUUUAUUCUUCGUGUUUUAUCGGCGACAAGAGAUAAGUAUUGGAUGAUAAGGCGAUGUGGAGAGCGUCUAAUAAGUGACAUAAGACUGCAAGGAUGGUGGAUUUCUUGAUUCUCGCCAAAGUGGAAAGUCGUCAGUUGAAGGAAGAAUAGAAGAGAUUUGUCACUGUCAAAGCGCAUGAUUUUUAAAAUUUGGCGACACAGGGAGAGGAAUAUUGAUAAGAGAAAGAAGACAAAUACAGCUGGAGAGAGAACGAGGAAAUUGAUGAAUUUCCCCUUUCAUUGAGAGUGUGUUUGGCACAUAGGAAGGUGACCGUUGAGAAAGGAAAGCAAACAAAGUGACACUACUUCAAGGAAUUGUGAAGCAGAAAAUACGGCAGAAAAAUGCUGUACGUUUUCCACGUGGAUACUGGUCGAAUGAUUACAUUCGAUAUGGGUGUAGCGCUCGAAAAUGUGCAAUAUCUGAAGGAAAUGAUUGAAACGCAUUAUCACAUACCAGCCGCAAGUCAAGUGUUACUGGUCAGUGGCGGUGAAAUGCUUCUUCCUCAGAAUCGGAUUUGCAGCUAUUUAGGUGGGACUGAUACGAACCCCAUUUUUAUGUUUAGCACAAAUAUAAUAGAAUCGAAAAGUUCACUCCAACCAUGGCCAAGUAUAGAGCCAGACACGGAUUUGAAGGAUCAAGUGGAACGUUGCUUAUCAUUGCCGGCAAAUUACAAUACGGUGGUGAAGAGAGCGCAGCUGGCGCAGCAUAUUUAUGAAUUGGGCAGAGAAGAGACGCGCACAUGCGAAAAGCUGGUCCAUGAGCAGCACUUGCAGCAGCAAGGAUGGGCGGCUGUUGUAGCCAACAUGGAGGAUCUCACGGAGGAAUUCAAGAAGCGAUGCGAUGACUUCCAGAAUGUCUUCAAUGAAGUCCUCGAGAGGCGCACAGAAUACUUGGAGUGUCUCUCACAUUUCAAUGAGGAUUUGGACAAUUUGUCGAAUAUUCCGAUACUUCCAGCUUUGAUCCAAAAUGCAGAGAAGCCUUUUCAUGCCUUUGAUGAAUUUUAUGAGAAUGACUCGUUUCCAAAGGGGAAUGACAAGUCGGAUGACGCGUCGGCAGCAAGUACAAAGACACACGAAGCUGCGCCAGAGAGUUCGAAACCGGAAUCAAUGAAUGCGAGGAACAGCGAGGAGCGGAGUGAAAAUGUGGAUGAUAAGAGAGAUGAAAAAGUGACGACACUGUUGCAAUGGAUUUCUGCACAGGAGAAUCAAAUUUCACUGAGGAAAAUGGCUGCGGAGUGUGUGAAGAGUUUGGAGCAAUUUGACGAGAAGGAGAUGAUGAACUUAAAAGCUGAGGUGAAGAAUGCAAUUGAGGCUGCCCAGAAGGAUGAUAUGAAGUUGAUCAAGGGAUUGGAGGAUCGCUUGAGUGGUCUUGAGAAGUUGAUGUUCGAUGUGAAGAACAUUGUGAAGGAGCAAAGUGAAUUGGCUCAGGCAUUCCAGCAAAAUCAAACACGAGCCAACAAUUUGGGAGAUACGUCAAUUUUGCCAGAUUUGUGUGUCUCCCACAAGAAUCAAUUGAUUGUGAUGAGGAAGAAUCACAAGCAACUGCGAGACAUUAGAUCGAGAAUUUCACGGGCAAAGUCGGAGCUUGGACACAAUUUACUGCAAAGACUUAAAUUCAUAAUUUACAUAGAGAAUCGAAUGUAUGAGAUAGAUAGCAAAUUACUUUUCAUUCACCGCAAUUGCCGAAGACUUCAGAAACACAUGGGGAUUAUUGAGCAAAUCCACCAAGCUCCGAGUGUAUAUGUAACAGCUGUUACUGAAGUGGUUCGACGCAGAAACUUCUCCAGCGCUUUUUUAUUGUGGGCUUCCGAUUUGGCGUGUCAUCUCAUGACAAUUUACAAUGAUGAAGUUAUGCGUCGCCAGGAGUUUUGGUCGAUGUUCGAGGGGCACUUUCUGUGCACGCUCUUUCCUGGGAUGGACGACAUGCCGCCGUCAUAUGCAACAGAAGCCCCAUCAGUGUUUGAUUCUAGUCUCCCGGGCUUAACAAAGAAUGAUAUCAGUGAGCUGUCCGUUUGUUUGCCUGACAUUGGAUCAAAAAUCGAACUUCCAGAUUUGAGUGCUGUGAUAGAUUUUUUUUCAACAAGAUCUGGGAGUAAAAGCAAAGAGAAGGACGUUGCGUAUGACGGUGAAAAUGCGAGGAAUCUGUCGAGUGCAGCGACAAGUCGGAGUAUGGGUGUGGGAACGAGUGAUUUGCCCAAAAUUCUCGAUAUGCACUCGCAUUUGAAGGAUUAUGAGAGGGGUUUCGAGAGCGAAACAGACACGGAGGAAUUUGAGAAAGUUGGUCAGAGUCCCAUCGAUCGUCGCCGAACAUCGACCACUGGGAGUCUUCAGGCAUACACAACGCUUGCGACGUCGACGCAAACGUCUCAAGCUCCAGUUAUGACAUCACUUUCUAAGCCAGAAAUGUGUAGCAUCAGCACAUCGACUGAGGUGGUGGCGAUGCAGACAAUUGAGACUCUGACUGAGGAGAACUUGGGAACGACGCGGUGUGAAGUGGAAAAGUUGAAGACUCUCUUCAAGGAACUCUACACGCAGUCUCAGUCAACAAUAGAUGUGCUGAGGGAUCAACUGAAAGUCAUACGACAUGAUUCUGCAAGUGGGCAGAGUGAUUUACAUGCCCAAUUGAAGUCGCUCAAUGUUGCGUGGGAGAUGGUGAAGUUGGAGACAAGUAAUCAUCAGCAGGAGCUCAUAAAGCGCACUGUUGAUCAUGAAUUAGAGUUGAAUGACUUGAAGAAGAGUCUCGAUACGAGCAAUGAGACGAUUGUGACAUUGCAAAAUGAGAGGAGGACUCUGGAGGAGGAGCACACGAUGGCACUUAAGAGGUAUGAGAACAUCGUGGAGGAGAUGAAUGAGAAAGUAAAGCAUCUCAUGGAUGCUACUGAAGACUACCAGGCGCGCGAGGCGAAGGCGAGUGUGGAGAAGGAGAAACUCGUGAAAGAUCUGACGGAGAAAUUGACGCGUGAUCACAAGUCUGAGCUGGAAUCACUGAGAUCACGCUACAAAUUGAUGACGAGCAUCGAGAGAUCUCCGUCUGACACGAGUCUGGAGAAGAUUGAGCGACCGGAUUUGCUGGAGAUGUCAGGGCAUGAGGCUGUGUUUCAACAUACAAGGGAGGAGAUGAUGGCUGAGCGAGGGAUGGCGAUAAAGACGGGGGCGGAUCGUGAGAGGCAACGCUGGGAGAGCCGAAGUGGGAUGGGACAGUUUUUCAUGAGUGGAUCUCCAAAGUCACCAUCGAAGACGUAUGAUCUGUACAAGCGUAUUCUCGAGGAUAAGGAUAAUCAAUUGGAGAUGAUGCGUCAGAGGGAAGAUCAACUGCUGAAGGAUAUCAAUAAGUUGCGCGAAACCAUUCAGAAUUUGACUGAACCGGAUCCAAACGACACGAACAGUGUGUGCGCUCUCAAGGAGAAGAUGGACUCGCUGCAGAAGGACAGGACGCGAUUGGAGCAGGAAUUGGAAGUGGAGAAGUCAAAGCGAUUGGAAAUGGAGUCGUCUUUUGCAGCACUGAAAGUAGUGACUCCUGACAGCACAGCAGUGAGUCCUGAUCAGAUGUCGAGGAGUGGUGCCCGGUCGAAAAUGUCGUCCAGCUCAUUUGGCAAAGGAUUGAUAAGUGUUACAACGUGUUCGAAGGGAGAUUUGGUGCUUGUCAUCUGGAAUAGUGCUCACGAUCAAUAUAUUAUUGUUCAAGAAGCGUCACUUCUUUACUUCUUGCAUGGGGAAAGCUAUAACACUUUGAAACUGCCGCGUCCUGUGGCAAAUGAAACUCCAACUGUGACACAUGUGAUAGCGAGGGUGAUCGAGAAGGAGUUCUGUGUGGCGAGAAAGGAUGAAAAUCGAUACAAAGUCAGCAAGGGAACUAAAUUUUAUCGUGUCAAAGUGGAACCGAGAUCAUCUUCUCCACUCCCAUUGGAUUCUUCACGCGCUUCUCGAAGGCUUGACUUGUCUCAGUCGGGAAGUGUGGCUGUGAGUCGAUCGACGAGCACAGAAUUGCCGAGCAGCUCUUCUGUGGCGCAGACAUCCACACACUUGAUGGACUCAUUUGCCCAGACCGAAUGCCUCGACACGCUGAUUGAGGAUGUGAGCUCGCCGAAGGACAUGGUGGAUUCCGGCGUGGAGGCGCAGCAGAAGAGUGCGUACAAGGAGCGGAAUAUCAGCGUGACUGAGGAGGAUGAGCCGGUGUCUCUGACUGACCAGCGCUGCCGCUACAUUAGCGUGAGCGAGGAGGACGAGGCUGCCGUGGAGAACGCCAGUGAGGUGUCAAAUCCAAUUUUUGUCCAUUUGAUGUCCGACCAAGAAGAUUCAGAUGAAUAUCGGUCAUUAGAAUCAAAAGACGGCAGCGAAAACAGUGCCCAAUAAAGCCAACGAUUCCAACAUUUUGCAAAUGAAUAGAAAGACAGAAUUGUCAAAGCAUCCCGUAGAAUAGAAUAGAGAUGAAAACAUCGUAAGCGUAAUGUGAAUUUUGUGGAGCAAAAGUAGAGAAAUUCAUUGUUGGGUGACAGCAAAAAUCUAAUUAAUAAUGCACAGUUCAAAGUCUGUAAAAAAAAAUGUGUAGAAAUUAUCAAUUUCGCACGAUUUUGGAGAAAUUAUAAAUGGGAGAAAGUUCAUUGUCAUGCCUGUUUUUCCACAUUACUCAGCUUUUCAGUUUAAUAUGUAAUUUAAUUUAAAUACCUAAUUUUUUCUUUUUUUUUUUUGAAACAUUUUAUAGUCACCCAACGUUGUUUUUGUUUUUACUCUUCCCAUUCACAUAUUCCCCUUAAUAAAUGAAUAACCAGAACAAUAGAAUUGUUCUUCAUAAUACAAACAUUAUAAUAUUAAAAUAUACUUUGUUUUUGAAAAAAAUCGAAUUUUAAAACUGAAGUUCAAACUGCAAUUUCAGAGACCUUCAAGGGGUGGUAGUAUUGGAAUAUUCACGCUAAUCGAAUCGUUUUUGACGCCAAUGCAAUUGUAAGAAAACUCUUCAUUUCAUAAUUACACUUUUGUACCAUGUUUCAAUGUUAAGAAGUAAGAAAAAGAAAUAGUAAUGUCAAAAGAAAAGAGAUAAUUUUUCAUCAGUAAAUGAAUUCUUACGAGUUACAUGAAAAAAAAAAUUUAAAAUAGAAAUAAGACUAAAAAUUCAGGUCAAUUCAAAGUUAGGAUUGCAAAGUUGAUAACAGACUUUCUAUUGUAAUUUUGAAGAAAAAAAAAUUCACUUUUUGUUUCUUAAAUACCAUUAUUAUUAUUAUUAUUGAUUUAGAGAUUAGAGAAUGAAAGAAUACCAAACUUUCCCUAAAUAAAAGAAUUCUACAGAUCUUAAAAAAAAGAAAUAUACGCAAUUGUGAACUAAAUAAAAUGAUAAACUUCUUCUCCUCUUGUUAAACUUUUUGAAAUAUUCUAAUACAAUUCAUAGAGAGACAAUCACUCGAUACCAUCCAAAUGCGUUACAGUUCAAUAGACAAACAAACAAACAAACAAAAAAAAUUCAAAAGCCACCUUCAUUUUGCGAUAUUAAAAAAGGACUUAGAUUUUCACCCAAAGUUGGUCUUCUUAUUUUGUGUUUCUUUACUUUGAAUAGUCACAGUGUGAUAUGGAUGUUUGCUUAGAUGUUUUUUUUUCCUUUACUGUCUGUAUAUUUUCAAAAUUUUUCUGGCUGGCACACUAACUUGAUAUGCAAAAAUGUCGCGAGCUUUUCACCACUAAAGCAGAAAAAAUAUAAGAAUUCUUGCGUAGAGAAAUGCAAAAGAUAGUGGAAGAGAUUUAGAUAAAUCAAGGAAAAAAAAAGAUAUGUAAUGUUACUUAUACUGAUAAGAAAAAUGCAGAUGCAAACUAUGUGUUGCACUAAGAAAGGUUUUUUUUCUAUAGACGAGAAAAAGAAGAGUGAAUAGUUUACAGAGCAGUGUAAAUGUUGCAGAUCAUUUAAGUAUUUGUAGCGGUUGCAGAGAAAAUACAAAAAAAUAAUAACAUUGAGUGACGAUUAAAGAAAACUUAAAAAAAAAUUGCGAAUUCAAGUAAAAAAAAAAAAGAGAAAA